AUGUCUUCACCUGAUACACCAGGAAACAUAGAAGGCUUGCUUAGGAGAAAGGGCGACCUUAAUCCAAUGAACUGGGGGUUCAAGGUUGACGACAAGAUUUUGGAUCACCCAAAAAUUGGCUUGAUCAAGACUGAUGUGUCUAAGCCUAAGGACGAUGGGAAGUGUAAGAGCUGCGUGAAGAAGCAGGAGAAGGCGAAGAAAAAGGAGAAAAAUGGCGAUGCUGGUGGUUGUGUGGUAUCUUAA